CUUAUGGAAGGUUCUGCGGUAAUUCAAAAACAUAUAUUUAAAUAACCAAAAAUCAUAGUUAUAACUGAUUUCUUUGUUUUUUACAAUACUUACUAUAUUACUUACAAUAUUUCGAUUAAAUUAUAAAACCGCCAUAAGUACUACUAUCGAAUAGUUUAAUUAUCAGUAAACACGAUAAUUAAAUACUCUGAAUCUGAGUUGGAUUUUUUAUAAAAUUAACAUGUAUUUGAGUAAUAUCGUUUUAUUUUUCUGCGUGACGAUAUACUUUACGCAAUGUCAGGGUUUUGAACCAACUCCUGAUCAAGCCAAGGUAAUGAAUGACAUAGUGGCAGCAAAUUUGGAGGAAGAUGGCACGAUGGAAGCUAAUAAAUUAAUAACUGUAAUAAACGAGGUAGCAAGGGCGCUCGAAAAACCCCCCUUAAAGUUCACCAGAACAGAAGACAUAAAUUUGAGUAUUCUAUUUUCAAAAGGCUGGGUUAAAAUGUACGCCCUAAGAUUUGUAACAGGAGCAGAUCAAAAUAAAUUAUUUUCGAUUGAAAACAUAGUCAGAGAAAAUAUGGGGCCGGAUGGCAUAAAACUUGAUAAAUUAAAAACUGUACUUACCGAAGUAGCAAAGCGAACCGACUUAACAGAAGAGUUCCCCAAUACUUUUGUAUGGCAAAGGAGACUCCAUUUACAACCAGGCCGUAUAUUUACAUUGGACGAAGUUCAUACCCUCUCCCUAGAGUUUGUAACAGGAGUAGAUGAGGAAAAAUUGAUGUCGAUUAAAAACAUAGUCGCAGAAAAUGUGGGGCCGGAUGGCAUAAACCUAGAUAAAUUAAAAGCUGUACUUACCAAUAUAGCAAUCCAAAUCGACUUAUCACAAUACUUCCCAAGUAUAUUUAUAAGGAAAAGGAAACUCGAUCUUAAACCAAACCGUAUAUUUACAUUCGACGAAGUUCAUACCCUCUCCCUAGCGUUAGUAUCUGGAGCAGAUGAGAAAACAAUGGAAACGAUAAAAGACAUGCUCGCGGAGCACGGAAAUUUUGAAGGCUUAAAUACCUAUGAAAAUAUAAAUCAUACAAUUGAUGGAGUGAAACGGGAAUUGGAAAUAACUGAUAUAUUAUUACCCUCUUAUGAAAUAUUUCAAGGAUAUCUACGCAGUUUAUUUCUGAACAGCAAACUCACUGUGGGCCAAAUAGAAAAAAUCCUCACUGAUAACAUAAAAUAGUGCGUGUAUGUGAUAUAUCACAUAAAUAUAGUUUUGAUUGAUUAAUAAAUAUUAUGC